AUGGGCUGCUGUGCGAGCCUGCUGAGGUGUUGCGUGCGCGCGGAGACAGAGAACCCGCUACUGGACGGCCGGUAUCUUGGAGGUGUCGGUGACGGACCGCAGCAGGUGGAUCUUAACCUCGACUUCGAGGAGCUCCGAGAUGUGCAGUACCUCACGAACGGAGGCAUGUGUUCCAUCUACACGGCGGAGUGGCGGGGCCGCCGCGUCGUGGUCAAGAUGCCCCGCGACGACUGCGCCCAGCCCGAGGUCGCCCGGAAAGACCUCGAGACGGAGAUAGACAUCCUGCAGCGCUUGCAGCACCCCAACAUCGUCGAGAUGCUCGGCGCCGGUUUCGUUAACCCCCUCGACGUGGGCCCCGAUGGAGGCGGGGGGGAGCGGGGGGAGUUCCGCGACUUAGAUCAGGAGUCGAAGAGAUUCGUGCUGCUGGAGUAUUUGGUGGGGGGCACGCUGACGGAGUCUAUGUUGACGCGGAAUCCGCCGGCGGACGGGAUGAUGAGCUCGGUCGUAAGGCGUUGGCAGCAGAACUGGCAGUUCCCAACCAAGAAGGCGAUAGAUAGCGCGCUGCAGCUGGCGUCAGCGCUGAGUUACCUCCACGGUAGGGCCAUCGAGGGGAGCUUUGUGGUGCACCGCGAUCUCAAGCCGGAAAACAUCGCCUUUUCUGGCGAGGGGCGUCUUAAGCUCUUCGACUUCGGGCUCGCGAAGAUCGUUCGGCGGAGAGGCGGGAGGCUAUCCCAGCGGUACGAGAUGACGGGCGAAACAGGGUCGACGAGGUACAUGUGCCCGGAGGUGGCGAUGCAGCUGCCGUACAACGAGAAGGCCGACGUGUACAGCUUCGGCUUGAUCCUGUGGGAGAUGCUCAGCCUGCGGCGGCCGUUCGAGGGCCUGAACCGAAAGGAGUUCGUACAGAGCGUCAUCAAGGGUGGGCGACGACCCCCCCUCCAGCAGGAGUGGUCUGCCGCUCUCCGAGAGCUGAUGCGGCGGUGCUGGGACGAGGAUAUGGACACGCGACCCGAGUUUGAAGAGGUGGAGGAUGCGCUCCUCCAAAUAACCCACAGAGAAGCCACGUGGGGAGGGAUGCUGAGUGGCGCCACCCCCUCCACCGCAGCCCCCUCCUCCUCCUCCUCGGCGUCGGCGGCAAAUGGCAUCAACAACGGCGGCAGCGGCAACGGCGGCGGUGCGGGCUCACUCAACGGGCGAACAGGGGGGCCGAAGGCCAGGAGGGAAGGGGGGGAGGGGUUGAUCGUCGGCGUGGGCUCGUCGAACGGGGGCGGGGGCGACAUCCUGCCAGAAACGCGAACGUUAGUGUGAGAAACGGCGGUGGUAGUGCCUUGUCGCUCAUUAUCCCUCAAGACCUAGCUGGGGGCGGAUUGGCUGGGGAGAGGACGACGGUAGAGGCCUCGGGGGAUGCGACGACAAUGGAGUGGGAUGAUAGCUAGGCGUGUUGUCCCCCCCAUGGGGAGAGGGGGAAACGAGAGCCAUGCCGGGGCCGGCUUGGAGUGGAGGCGGCGUCGUGUUCGUUUUGCGAUUUGUUUAUUUUUUGCCCCAAAAAGAGCGGCUUGCUUUGUGCCGCCGUCCCAUUUUUUCGCCCUUAGGCCGCCACGCCGUGUCCCAUUUUUUCGCCCGUAGGCCGCCACGCCAUGUAACGCGUUUGUUUUUCGUGUGAUGGCGAGGUUAGCCAAAGGCUGUUCCGAUCCUCGCCUGUGCCCAAAUGGAGACCUCGUAUUGGGCGAGACGGGGGAUGGUGGGUGUGAUGAAAGAGUAGUAUAUAAGCAGCAGCGCGUGACAAUUCAUCUGAUUUCUAAGUGCGCUCGAAGCACGACCGGUCGUAUCAUUAAAAACCCAUUGUAUCUCUACGUCUGGCCAUGCUUGUCUCUGCGUACUGUUGUUCUUUUUGUGUUUUUUUUUGUUACUGUUGUUGUUGCACUCCAGCUUGGUAUGGGCGAUGGAUGCGAGCGUGC